AUUACUGACUACAACGUCAUAGAAGAAGACGCAGUGUUGCCGCAGAAGAAGAAAUAGCUACUGCCAUGUAAUGUUAACAUGACCAAGGUUAUUAAGUUGAUACCGGACCAAGACACGAACAUCUUAUGAAGAAAACAUCCAUAUAAUUUUGGUAGAGAUGAGCGUCCACUGCGUCCUGACGUCCGCUGGCCGGUGCUUCUCUUUAUCGUGUCCGACCGCUGGACUCCUACGCUACCUCCAACCGGUUCAAAGCUCCAUGACAAGAAGAAAGAUGUCCUCCAAAAGACAAAUGGACCAUCUAGAGAGGACGGCACACAACCAAAGACAAAGUGCUCUCUAUCCUGCUCAAGUGUGUGGCAUCAUGAACGAGUCCGAGACGGUAAAACGUCUCAGGAUAACCGUCCAUCCGGACUUUAACUUCAAGGCGGGACAAUGGGUGGAUUUGUUCAUCCCCGGAGUGGAGAAGGUGGGAGGUUUCUCCAUGUGCUCCAGCCCAGGCCUGCUGCAGAGGGAGGGGGUGGUGGAGUUGGCGGUCAAAUACUCCAAACACCCGCCAGCAGAGUGGGUUCACACCGCGUGUACUCUUGGCUCUCAGGUGGCAAUGCGUGUGGGUGGUGACUUCUACUUUGACCCCUCACCUUCAGACCCCGCCGUGAAUCUUCUCCUGGUUGCCGGCGGUGUAGGCAUCAACCCCCUAUACUCUAUUUUGUCGCAUACGGCGGAUUUGCUGGAACUCAGCCGAGCCCCUGAUGGGCGGGUAUACAACAUCGCCUCAGCACACCUCUGCUACAGCGCCAAGACCACGCAGGAGCUUCUCUUCAAGAAUUCCAUCCUGCAGGUGUGCAGGGACUUUCCUGACAAGUUGUCAUGUGACUUCCACGUAACCCAGCAGAGCACCGAUGUUGGGCUACAUCUCCAGUCGCUUGUGAACCGGCGAAGAAUCACAGAGGAGGAGCUGCGAACUCAUGUGGACCCGCAGAGGACUUUGUGUUACCUAUGUGGACCUCCACCCAUGAUUGAGGCCAUUUCCAAAACCCUAAUGGACCUGGGAUUGCCUCAGGACAGAAUUGUCUUUGAGAAGUGGUGGUAGCUGCUACUACAACUCCCACAAUUCCUCUGGGUCAUUCACCAGGAUCUUGCGCCUUUUUUUGUGCGGUGAGUGGAAAAAUGCUUACAAAUUCCAUGUGUGUGGACUUGGGAGCAGGAUCCCCAUUGAAUUCAUUUGGACUUUAAAGAGUACAUUUUUAACAACACAUCUGAUAUUUAUUGGCUCAGAACAAGAGCAACCUUUGUGGUUUUAGAAGAAUGUAGCAUGAUGCAACACUUAACGCCAAGUUACCAUUUCCAUCGACUAGUUUUUACACUUGAGUGACUCUCGAGUAGCAAAAUAAUCUGCCAAUUACAAAUGUUGAAUUUAUUUACAGUUGCUUUAGCUACAUUUUACACCCUGAAUUAGUGCAGUACAAAUUGGCUAAUUUUCUGUGUUUUGACUCCUAAGCAGUAUUAUUACAUGGCUGAAUGAAAAAGCAACAGCGUACUGUAAUCGAGCCUCCAGGUGGCCUCUGAUUGGUCGGCAUCCUUUAAAAAAAAAAAAUCCCGUGGAGACGGUCGCGAGCUUCUCGUGGGCGUCUCUCAGCGGGGGUGCCAUUGUCGAUUCAUUUGAGUUGUUUCCAUGAGGGGAAAUGUUCUACGCUGUAAUGUGAUGAUCGCAGGAAAUAAAUGAGAUUGAAGAAGCUGCAUGAAAUGCUUAAAUUUACCUCUGUUUUUAUGUAAAUACAGGCGACAUAACUCAUUAGUGAAGGAAAUAAAUAGCACUGUACACGUUUUCUUAUUUUACAAUUUAC